AUGCCGCCCGCGCACUGCAUCGCUCAGGGACCCAGAAACACCAUCCUGGACCUACGACUCGUCUGCCGCACCUUCAACGUCGCUCUGAAACCAUUUGCGUGCAGGACGGUGGGCAUCGACUUCUCGCGGCUGAGCAGGACGAGCGGGCGGGAGAGGCCGCAGAUGGAAGCGCUGCAGACGAUCGGCUACCAUUGCAAGAGUGUCUAUGUGGACCUGAUGGUCCUGCGAGAUGAUCAUUUCCUCAACACAGUCUUUAAACGGGUACCUUCGAUGCUUGAAUUCUGCCAGACGCUGCAGACAAGAUACUGCAUGAACGAAUCGUCGUUUACCGAGGUGGACUACUACGCGGCAGCGUCGGACGUGCUGUUCAAUUGCCGGGACGUGGAGCGGCUCCGCCUCAACCUGCCCUUCCAGCUGGUGGGCCGGCACUGCACGGCGGCCAUCCUGAUCCUGGCCAACACGUUCAAGGCCUUCGCCAACCGGCCGGAGGAGGACUCGGCGCCGCUCAAGGUGCUGGUGCUGGAGAACCUGCCGGACAUCGCCGUCUGCCACCUGGGCAUGAACCCGAUCGAUCUGAAGAACAUGAUCAAGGUGCUGGGUCCGCUGGAGCACCUGGUCAUGACGCUGCGGCGGCACGGCAUGGAUCCGCAGUGGUCCGGCCUGUUCGCGUCGUGCCUGUGGAACAUGGUGGGCAACGCCGAGCGCCUCGAGAGCCUGUGCAUCGUCGGCAUGGAUCACGACGACCGCCCGCCGCGCGGGCUCCGGCAGACCCGGCCCGAGGACCUGGCCGCCGCCAACUGGAGGGCCCGCACCCUGCCGCCACCCCAGGUCAUGCUGUCCAACCUGCGGUGCCUCGAGCUGAAGCGCGUCGAGGUCCUCCCGGGCGUCCUCCUCCGCGCCGCGGAGAACUUCGGCCCCACCCUGCGCGAGCUCUACCUCAACGAGGUCUACCUCAAGGUCGAGCAGUCGGCCCUGUGGAACCGACACUCGGACCGCGUCCUCUGGGUCGGCCUGCCCAAUCAGCGCCCGCCCGACGACUCGCGCUGGAUAGCCAUGGAGCUGCGCUGCUCGGCCCCUAACCUGCGCGUCUGCCGCGCCUCCUUCCUCGCCUACGACCACUACCUUGGCGCCGGUCUAGAUGCGGCGGCAGCGGCAGCGGCGGCGGCGGCGGCGCCGGCCGACAACACCGCUCUGAUCCUCCACCCGCAGACCCAGCAGAACGGUCGCCGUCCGGACUUCGACUUUGCCGACCCGAGCGGCCUGGGCAGGAGCAUAUCCCAGCGCUUCGUAGAGGUGGUGAUGGGUAUCCGGCAGCCACCGUCGCCCUCGGGGGAGCCCGUCGACUUCCUCCCCGCCAGCCCGUCGCACGACCACCUGGUGACGACGGGCCUGCGGCCGCGCACGCGACCGCCCACCGUGACCGAGUACGACACCAACGCCUACCAGACCGCCGUGGAGAACACCACGUCGCGCUGGCUGACAAAGGGCCUGGACGGCGUCUUCCCCAACUGCAACGCCGCCACGCUCGACAGGCUGCACUACAUCGCCGAGACGGCGUGCCAGGGUAUGAAUGAGAUCCACAGGCGGCGCAGCGAAUGGCCUGCCGCUGCCGUCUCCGCUGCCGCGGCGCCGGGUAACACGGUGGCGGAUGAGUACACGGACAAUCUGGGGGAUGAAGAGGCGGACUUUUCCGAUAGUAUGCUGACCAUACCUGGGAUGGGGGAGUGGGGUCUCUGA